GUUUCUUAUGAAGCUAAACAAUGAGACGGUGUCCAUAGAGCUGAAGAAUGGCACAAUUGUACACGGGACCAUUCUCGGAGUGGACAUCAGUAUGAACACUCACCUUAAAACAGUGAAGCUUACAGUCAAGGGCAAGAACCCAGUAGCCCUGGACCAUUUGAGUGUACGGGGACACACAAUCCGGUAUUUUAUCCUGCCCGACAGCUUGAAUCUUGACACGCUAUUGGUGGACGAUGCACCCCGACGAAAGGCAAAGAAACAACCAGCAG